UCCUAGAAAUCCCCGAUGAAAAGGAAGAGAUGACUCUCAAUUCCCCUUCCAAGGAGAACAAGAAAGAGUCUUCUUUGAAGAAAAGCCGGAUCCUCUUGGGCAAAACGGGAGUGAUUAAGGAAGAGCCCCAGCAGAAUAUGUCUCAGCCGGAAGUGAAGGAUCCCUGGAAUCUCUCCAAUGAUGAGUUCUACUACCCCAAGCAGCAGGGCCUCCGUGGCACCUUUGGCGGCAACAUUAUCCAGCAUUCGAUUCCUGCAGUGGAGCUGCGCCAGCCCUUCUUCCCCACCCACAUGGGCCCCAUGAAGCUGCGGCAAUUCCACCGGCCUCCCUGGAAGAAGUACUCCUUUGGCACCUUGUCGCAGCCCGGGCCCCACUCGGUGCAGCCGUUGCUGAAGCACAUCAAGAAGAAAGCCAAG